UCCUGGGGCCGUGCCCCAGCCCCGGCUCCAGCCCCGCGUGUGGCCGCAGCGCUGGCCCUGGGGGUGGCCCCGGGGGUGGCCCCGGGGGUCCCCGAGCACCGCGUCCUGCCCGAGCUGCGCGUGUCCGCCGAGACCGGCGCGGUGUUCGUGCACGAGCUGGAGCGGGAGCCGUUCCUGGAGGCCUUUUCCGGCAGCGAGGAUGAUGAUGCCCCCGUGACGUUCCGCGCCCACCUGCGGGACCACCCGGACCUGCCGCGCUGGCUGCGCUUCGCCCAGCGCGACCCGGGCCAGCCCGGCUACCUGUACGGGUGCCCGCUGGCCCCCGAGCUGGGCACCCACAGCAUCCAGGUGCUGGCCUACAACCGCCGCACCUUCGCCACCGCGUCCCAGCGCCUCCUCAUCACCGUCACCCCCGCGCCAGGUGGGGAGGCGCCGUUCCGGGCCGAGUUCCUGGUGGGGGACAGGAACGUGGAGGAGCUGCUGCCCGAGGGGGCGCGGGGGAUGUUCCUGCAGGGCGCGGCGGGGGUCUGGGGGCGCGGGGACCUGCGCGUCAUCAAUGUCACCUCCGCCCUGCACCGCGGCGGCCGCGUCCCGCUGCCCAUCCAGGGCCGCCGCGAGGGGGUGUAUGUCCAGGUGGGCUCCCACAGCCCCUUCUCGCCCUGCCUGGCCUCGGCCGUGUCCCCCCAGAGCCGCUCCCGCUGCCACCGCGGGCAGCGCCCCCUCGCCUCCUGCUACGACACCUUCGCCCCCCACUUCUCCAUCCGCUGGUGCAACCUCACCCUGCUGCAGGUCGGGCCCAGCCCCACCCCCCCUGUCCGGCUCUGGGGGUCGGGGGUCCUGGAGGGGGGGGCGGGUUUCGAGCCCCCCGCGCCGGGGGCGCCGCGGGCGCCGCUCGCCCCGUUCCUGGUGACGCUGCUGGUGCCGCUGGCGGCGGCCGCGCUGCUCUGCCUGCUCCUGGCGCACCUCAUGUGCUGCCGCCGCGAGGGACGGGAAAAACGGGACUUGCAGACGUCUGAGUGA